AUGUCGUCCAUCAUCUCGUCAAUAAUGCCGCUCUUUGUCAGCUCUUUGCUCAGUUCUUGCACGUCCAUCAAGGAUUCCGUCAAACUCUGUAACUUCAACUGUUCUCAGAGCCAGGGUAUCACUGUCCAGGCAAUCGACGACUCCAGAGUGCUGCUGAUCGCUCUUAAGAUCGACGCGGGCUCGUUCCAGGAGUUCCGUUGCGACAAGGACUUGGUUCUGGGUCUGGACCUGGAAUCGUUGUCCAAGAUCCUCAAACAGGGUAACAAUGAGGAGUAUCUAACUCUCAUGGCUGAGGACUCUCCAGACAACCUGAUGGCCGUGUUCGAGGACAAGAAAAAGGACAGAAUCUCCGAGUUCUCGCUCAAGCUCAUGGACAUCGACUCGGACGUGCUCACGAUCGACGACAUGGAGACCGACUGCACCAUCACCCUGCCUGCUUACGAAUUUGCAAAGAUCGCCAAGGACAUGAAGACUCUGAGUGAGUCUUUGAAGAUCGUUGUUACUAAGGACUCUGUCAAAUUCAACGCGGAGGGCCAGAUCGGAACCGGUUCGGUCAUCUUGAAACCUCACACAGACAUGGACAAGCCAGAGGAGAGCGUCAAGAUCGAGUUGAACUCGCCAGUGGCUCUUACUUUUGGUGCCAAGUACCUUAAUGACAUUGUGAAAGCCACUUCUCUGUCUUCCACCGUCACUAUUAAGCUCACAGACAAGUCGCCUGCUUUGUUCGAGUACAAGCUUCCUAGCGGUUACCUGAGAUACUACUUGGCUCCAAAGUUCGACGACGAAGAGUGA